CAUACAGGCAGACUACUCGCGCGCGCGUGUGUGUGUGUGUGUGCGCUGCGGCGAAGGGUAUAACUUUCAGCAGUGUUUAAAUUUAUCUUACCGCGCUGAAGGAGAGUCACGUGCGCGCACUCUCUGCGUAUGCGUGCGUGCGUGCGUGUGCGUGAGUUUAUCAGCGCUGUGUGUAUCUGCCGUGAGUCGGUGCUGCGGCGUCGGAAGGCGACUGUUUGUGUAAUUCGCACGCAUGCAUUUUGCAUGAGAGCAAUCGCCAGCCAGGCAGUGAGCGCAAUUCCGCCGCUUGUUCAGAGGCGUAGGUCCGCUGCUGUGAGAUAAACAUGCGUGAGAGCGACAGCUGAACGUGGCUAGUCACUAGUCAGCUGCUGCGGCAGCAACCCAUGACACAUCCCAUGAGCAGCAGCGCUAACAUCCGGCUGGACGUUUCUACGUACGUACGAACGCGCGGCAAGGCAGCUAACUCCGCACGGAGCGGGUGAGAGAACAGACCUCACGCCUACAGUGAGUGAGUGAACGCUGCUCGUGUGUGGGUGUGUGUGUGUGCGCCGCACUAGUUCGACCCGAGCUAAUAGCAGCAGCAGCAGCAGCUAGGCAGGCUGUCGCUCUUCGCACUCGAGGAAGGCGGGCGAGCAGCCAUUUGUUACGGAACCGGGGACGUGUGAUUCCGGUAUAAACGCAGUGUGCGUGCGUGACUAGCGUACACGAGAACAACGCUGUAUAUAACGUCGGCAUCCACGGACGUGCCGACGCUAUAGUCUACAUGCUACCUCGUCCGUGCUCCGUUUUACUCACGUGACGCCACGACAAGGCUGACUGUCGUCGAAUACCCAGCGUUUACUUUCCCGAGUAGCCACGGCUGUAUCGUCUACGUGCGUGCGCUGCGGAGGUGUUGGUGUGGAACCACAGCCGCAUGUCUCUACGCGUCUUUUAACUCCUACGCCGACGGAGCGGUGGUGACAUGUGUGUGGAGCGGUGGUGACAGGUGUGUGGAGCGGUGGUGACAGGUGUGUGGGGAGCGUGACUGCGUUGAUUCGUGUCUUCGUGCUAUGCGACGUGGCGGGGGUGGAAGCGGCGGCUGCUGCAGCAACAACGACGACGACAACGAGACAGUCUGCUGGUCGGUCAAGUAGCACUGAACACGUAAUUACGUCUGCCGCGUGAAAUUAAUUGCGUAUUGGCGCACCACCACCAUCACGCGUGAUUUACGUCUCGUUCUCCGCCUCGGAGCCAGACGUCGGCGGCCGUACGUGCUGCUGACAUACAGUGUGUGCCGCGGAAGGCGCAGAUAACACGAACGUUUUUUUGAACGUGGGGGUUUUUCGCUUCGACGAUCGAAGCAUCAUCGACGACGUCGUGCGUGUAGCCGACUUGUAGGAGCUCUCUUAGCGUGUGUGACUGACGCAGGCACCGUGUGUUCCCUGUAGUGGAAAACAGAAGUCUCGGAUCGUGAAAACAAAAGGGGGCAACCGAGUGAGAGAGAGAAGGAAGAACAAUCUCUGUGCCAUCGCCCCCCGCACGCUACAUUUGACAGGAGGAUCCGUACAGCGUGUGUGUACGUCUGUGUGUGUUAGGCAACGUGGCCCCGCUUCUCCUGAUUCGUAGAUUACCGUGGAGUUAGAGGAGAGGUGGUCGCGUAGGAUCAACCAGCGAGGGGACUACCGCGUCCCUCCCGCACCUGUACGGUCAGUUGGAAGAGAGGUGGUCGUGUAGGGUCAACCUGAGCGAGGGGACAGCCGCCUCCCUGUACGGUCACACACUUGCGCUGGAGGACGGUGGCUGAGGGCCCGACGUGCAUUCAUUAUCCCAUGGUUCUCCAGUCACAGAGCUUCCUGCUAGGCGGUUGCUCUACUAUGGAGGUGGAUAACAACUUGCAGAGCAAUCGGGCCGCCUGGCUGCGACAGCAGCAAGAACAGUAUGCGAACAUGCAUAAACUAGGUCUCAAGCAGAGUACGUGUAAACGUGAUGCGUCGCUGUACGGCAGACUGGUGACGGCCGAUCCGCUACAGUUUGUAACCAUGGCGACCGGGCAGCAGCAGCAGCAGCAGCAGCAGCAGCAGCAGCAGCAGCAGCAAUCGCAGAUGCACCCCGAUCUGCAGCUGCUGCAGAGCCGGAUUCCGCAGAGCUUCCGCGAUCCGAACGUGGCCCCCCUACGCAAGCUCAGCGUCGACCUCAUUAAAACCUACAAGCAUAUUAACGAGGUGUACUAUGCCAAGAAGAAGAGGAGGCAACAGGCACAGGGCGAAGACAAGUCGCACAAGAAGGAGAGGCUGGGAUACAACGACGGCUUUGAUGAUGACAACCACGAUUACAUCAUCAAGAACGGAGAAAAGUGGCUGGAUAGAUAUGAAAUUGACUCGCUAAUUGGAAAAGGCUCGUUUGGGCAGGUGAGUGCGUAG